CCCAUGCAAAUUAGUGGAAGCCUUCUCAACUCCAAAAGCCUAACUGACCCUCUAAAUAUAUGUUCCUCCCUUUUCUUCAUUAGCUCAAAUAUACACUCAAAGGUUCAAAUGAUGGCUGUUGUUCCCACUUUUUUCCAAAUAAGAAACUUUAACGAAACGAUUUCCAAGCCUAAUAAGAGAGUAUGUGUUUGCAAAUGGGAUGUGGUGGUUUCAAAGGAUAAUCUACCAACUUUCGUCUCCUACUCCAAACAUCAUACUUGGGAAAUACAUGAUAACGAUUCGUCUGUCGUUACGAUCUCGACGAGAGCGAGGAAGUCGAGAAGAGGGUUGAAAGCAUUAUUGCACCAUGUGAGAUGCAGUAAUGGUUUGGAUUUUGAGCACUCAAAAGUAUCAGAAAAAUUAAGUCAGGUUUGGGAGUGUAGUACUAAUGAGAAGCAAUUGAGAUCACUGGGUUCUUAUUUUGGAAGGCUUCAAGGUGUUGGGGAUAGGAAAAAUUUAGAUUCUUUAAAGAAGAUGAAAGUUCUUGAUACAGGUCAGUUCAAAGCAAAGAAGGAGCUUCAAUUGCUUGAUGCUUAUUUUCAAAAAGUUGAUAAAGCAGAUACAGGUUUGCACAAACAUCCUCUGUCUAGUUUUGAUGAACAAGAAGAAGGCAAAUUGGUGUUCACAACAUCCCCUUCCGAAGAUCGCGUUAAAGAUGACGAAUUGCAAAUACGACAUGUGAAAUUGAGUGGUAUGAUUCACAAAAGCAUGCCAAACAAAACUCAACUACAAGAAGAAGAAGUUUGUGAUCUCUAUUUGAUAAGUGCUUUGGUAUCUAUAAAUAUAGCAGUUUUCUUAUUUGAAGUAGCCAGUCCAGUGAAAAACUCAGAACUACAACUCUUUUCACUUCCUUCUCUAUAUGGAGCAAAGAUCAAUGAGCUGAUUCUAGUAGGAGAAUGGUGGAGGCUUGUUACACCUAUGUUUCUGCAUUCAGGGGUUCUUCACGUUGCUCUCAGUUGUUGGACACUUCUUACAUUUGGCCGCCAAGUUUGUAGAGAAUAUGGUCCCUUUACAUUUUUCUUGAUCUAUGUCUUAGGAGGAGUUUCUGGUAAUCUCACCAGCUUUCUUCAUACUCCCGAUCCAACUGUGGGGGGGACGGGGCCAGUGUUUGCAAUGAUUGGAGCUUGGCUUAGUUACCAAUUCCAGAACAAAGAUGUUAUGACAAAGGAUGUUUCAGACAAGAUGUUUUUGAAAGCAUUAGUUGCAGCUGUCAUAAGUUCCAUCUUAAGCAAUAUCGGUCCCAUUGAUGAAUGGACUCACACAGGAGCAGCUUUUAGUGGAAUGUUAUAUGGGUUUCUAACAUCCCCAAUUGUGGAGGUCAAUGAUGCUUCUUCUUCUUCUUCUUCAAGAAGAGGCCAAGAAAAGGGAAUAAAGCUCGUUAGGAAAUAUGCUAAUCCUUGCAGAUCAUUGGCUUUUUUUGUUCUUUUCAUAAUGGGAUUCAUAAGUUUGGUGUUCUUUAUUCAACCUCCCUUCCACCACUUUGGACUUUUGAGUGUUCUUCAACUUUAAUUUACUUUAGUUAUGGUUUGUUGAGAAGAAAAUAUUUGUAUAUAUUGUCAAAAUAUUAUAUGUGCCUCUCUAGAGUGUGGUUUGCAAGGGCAUGAUAUACAGUCAAGAUAACUAUAUACCUUCUAUUUAAGUUUUAGUUUACAAUUUUGUCUCAUUUUAACA